AAAAAUAUGCAUUACCUUUAUUUUACAUUUAAAAACUACAUAAAGGACAAAAAAUAAAAAAAAAUUUUAAGUUAAUAAAAUUGUAAGUAUUUUUAUUUAAUAUGGAUAAUAGACCAGAAUGGGGAAAAGGAUGUAGUCGUGGAUGUCUUUUACCCCAACGCGUUGUUGUUGCUAUAAUGAGUUUUUUGGCAAUAAUUUGUGCCUACACUCAUCGUGUUUCAAUUUCUCAUGUUAUCACCAAAUUGGUAGUACCCAUUAAUCGGACAAACGAUGACGUGGAUAAGGAAGAUGUAUGCCCAGUAGAUGAAGACACCUCGACAGAGACCCCUCUAAAUAAAGGCGAUUACGACUGGAGUGAACAGAUGCAGGGCUACAUUCUGGGCAGCUUCUAUUUGGGUUAUCUUAUCUCGCAACUGCCAGGCGGAGUCUUGGCUGACAAAUAUGGUGCCAAAUGGGUGCUGAGUGCAUGCUUGCUGCUUUCUGGUCUGUGUACAAUGUGUUUGCCAUUGGCAAUACAUGUGGGUGAGGAAUGGGGACUAAUAGUAAUGCGUGUGUUUACGGGACUAGCACAAGGACCUCUGUUUCCAGGGCUCACGGCCUUGCUCUCCUCCUGGGUACCAUCCCAUGAGCGUGGCAGAUUGUGUGCCUUUGCCUUCAGUGGAGUUACUAUAGGUACGGUCGUUAGUAACCUAAGUUCUGGGCUCAUGCUUCACUACUUCCAUUGGUCAGUUACCUUUGUGGUUUUUGGUUUAACGGGACCUGUGUGGUUUAUAAUAUUUUUUUUUUUAUGUACCAGCCGACCGGACCAACAUCCGUGCAUUAAGCCUGAAGAGCUUAGCUAUCUGACUGAAGCAUUGGGUGAACGUAGCCAGGGAAAGUCGCCGCUACCGUGGAAAGAAUUGUUACUCAGUGUGCCUUUACUGGCCUUGGUAAUAAGUCAAAUCGGCCAUGACUGGGGCUACUAUGUAAUGAUCACGUGUCUCCCCAAGUACAUUGCUAAUGUUAUUCGGUUUUCGAUUCGAUCGAAUGGAUUUGUGACGGCCCUUCCUUUUCUUGCUAUGUUCGUUUGUACGAAUCUUGCUGGUUUACUUGCAGAUUAUAUAAUUAAGUCGGGAAAAAUGUCUAUAACCAAUGAACGUAAAUUAUAUACUUUUAUAUCUGCCUUUGGACCAGGUGCAUUCACCGUCUUGGCUUCAUAUGCAGGAUGCAAUAAGAUUCUAGUAAUAGGUUUGUUUACUUUUGCAAUGUUUCUAAUGGGUUUUUAUUACUCUGGACAAAAGUUGACACCCAUGGAUAUGUCACCAAGCUAUGCAGGCACCCUAAUGGCGAUUUGCAAUGGACUUGGCUCUCUUGCAGGUUUAGCCUCACCUCCAGUAGUCGGGUAUUUGACGCCAAACGCCACAAUGAAUGAGUGGCGUGUUGUAUUUUGGUUGGGUUUCGUGAUCUUUAUCAUAUCUGCCAUUGUAUUUGCGAUCAUAGGCACAGCAGAGGUUCAGCCUUACGAUCCAGCAUAUACAGGAGAAAAGAAAAAAAGGAUAAAUUUAUGAUGUAUGAAUAUAGAAUAAAGUAGUUACA